UUAUUAAAUAGUUUGCUAAUGAGUAGGCGCAGCUCUAUCGCAGAGGAACGAAGUGAAUCUCGCCUUUCUGGAAUUUCAACUGGCACCCGAGAUGUAGCAGUUCCCAAAACACAACAGAGGCCUGGCUCGGCUACUUCAAUCAGGUCAGGACGGAGUUCGGUCUCUUUCAGACCCCAGACAGCCGAGAAGAAGGAGUUGAAGAGAGCUCCCAAAACAGACAAGACAGAUGAAGAUGAUACGCUUCUAUCAAAGAGCGAUGAAAAAAUUGACGCCGAAAGCCUGAACGGUUCAACCAGCCGAAGCAUCGAAGAUCAGAAACCGCCUAAACAUAGAAGAAACAAAGGUACGUCAUCUGGUGGCAGAUUGAAGUCUGAAGGAGGCUUAGCGAAGCAUGAGAACGCGUGGGAACAAGGGACUGAGAUGGGAGCGCCUCCACCUGCCACUUAUGUGACCAAAGUAAACCACACCCAUGACCUAAUGCGCCUGGCGACGGCGGAUCCGGUGGCGCAGGCAGAGUUCUCCUCCACCGAAGAGUGGUUGAGUGUGCAUGGGAUAGACCAGUCUGGACUGGACUUCAAGACACUCCUCAACAAGGGCAUCGUCAGUGGUGAUACUGAGCCUGGUCGGCCUGCGAGGUACAUCAAGUUCCAGGCCAGAGUGGUGGACGCUUUUGAACGCCGUCUCAAAGAGACCCUGGCCAUGUACAACAACAGAGUGAGGUGGCUGCUGCAGGCUAGUCGGAGGGUGUUCGGGGUGGUGCAGGGCAGGAGAGUGGCAGUCCUCAUCGACACAUCAGACGCAAACCUCAACUUCGGGAGACUCGCCAGUCUCAAGGAGGACAUGAUAGCAUUAUUCGACCAGCAGAUCUCCUCCAAGCAGGCUGUGUUUCUGAUUGGCAUGGGGUCAGAACUGGACGUCUUAUUCGACAGUCCAGUAGAAGUCACCUACAGGGCAAUCGAAGAGUGCAAAGCGUACCUGGAAGAGAUCAGACCAGGCGGAGGUUGCAAUGUUCUUAAGGCCCUGGAUGUUGCACUUUCCGUGCCUGGUGUUGACAGUCUGCUAUUAGUGCAGGGAUCGUGUGCCGACCAACCAGUGGACAAACUGUGUUCGUUCGUGCAGCAGAUGCUAGUAGGCAGAGGGGAGAAUGUGAACUUCCAAGUAGUCUCAUACAACUGCUCUUCGACUGUGGCCAUAACUGGGAUGGAAACUAUGGCUCAGAUAGCCAAUGGAAGACUCCAUUGUCACAAUGCAGAGGAUCCCAAGCAGGCGUAUGCGAGUACAGACAUGAAGGCCCUGUUGGCCGAACUAGAGAAGGGCAAGGGAGUGUUGGGCAGAAUCCAACAGAUGCGGCAGGGCAUGAUAGGAGACGCCCUCAUCAACAUCGUACAGGAGAUCAACAGUGAAGUGGCCAAAAUGCCAGCCUCUCAAUUUCUCCCUCGGCCACCUAACCACACCGGCCCACUGCACAUCCAAGAGGCCUCUUUCUCCCCCAAGACCACCGCUGAUUGGCUCGCUCAGAAUGGAUUGAAAGCUAAGAGAUUGAGCUUAUAUCAAAUACUAGCUCCAAAUGCAUUCGAUUAUGUGGAGGGAUUUGUAGCUGCGCUGAAUAAAAACAUUAAAUCCUCCAACUAUGAAAGCCAAAUGGUGCAAUUUGAAUGGCACGACAAAUCUGUCAAAAAUGUCCACGUGGAUCCAACGAUGCUCUACGACUACCAGCAGCGACUCGGGUCAGUUGUAGUUCUAUUUGAGAAGCGAAUCGACUGGCUUUCUACAGCGUCACGGAGAAUUUUCGGCACAAUUGUGGAAAACAAGGUCAUUUUCCUGAUUGAUGUGUCGGAGUUGAACAGGAACUACAUCAUUCACAUCCAGCAUGCAUUCAGACAGCUGUUGCAGGAGCAAAUGUCUAACAAAGUGGCAUUCAACAUAAUCAAAUAUGGGAGCGAGACAGAGAUGUGGAAGCCCCGCAUGAUGCCCCCCACUGAGAGGAAUCUGCAGAGUGCCUGGAAGUGGAUUCUGGGGCUGGAUUGUGGGGGCAGCAGGAAUCUUCUGGGCGCAUUCAGGAGUGCUCUUGAGAAUGAGGCUGACAAAAAGGAAGGUCAAAGUGUGGAUGCCCUCUACGUGUUCACCAGUGGAGUCCCAGACCAGUUCAAGCAAGUGAGCUGUUCAUAUGUGAGUGAGGUGCACCAGUCUCUGGGAGUGAAAGUGCACACUCUCCUCUACAACAUAGACGAUAACACCAUCGAAGGUCUAGUGCCUGGUCGCUACAGCAACAUCAAAGAGACUGCCGACUACUUGCGGGACCUGUCCCAUGCUGCCGGGGGGAGGUUCCACUGGUUCAGAGAGACUGGGGUGAUUGAGAGUGAUGACACCAAGCUGCUGUUUCAUGAAAUAGACAAGGCUGUCAACUUCUCCGAAAAAAGUGUCAUACUGAUAGAUGCCCUUCGAAAGAAGUACCCCCAAUUAGAUGUUGUUCCAAUGCAACCCAUUGAAGGACCCAAGGCCAAAAAAGCACUCGGACCCCCGAAAGAGACCAAAUCCAGUAUCGCCCGACAACAAGCGUCGCGACCCCAAAUAUCCGACGGCAAGCCGGCAUCGCGUAGUGCCGGAGGUAAACCGAACUGGAAACCAGCCGCCGGAGUAAACGGUCUGCGAGACAGCAUAAUUCCACCUGCAUCUGUUUCACAUUCAGUUAAUAUGGAUACCGGUUCGGUCCCAGCUGGGGCCAAAAGGUUUUCGCAGAAUGAAAAUCGAAGAUCAAGUUCAGUCCGUGCGAAUAAAACCAGUUUUUAUACGGAUGAGAAGUUUUCCAGAGGUGGAGAACCGGAUAAAGGACAAGUGUACGGCCAGUAUCCGACUAUUUUGGACCAGAAGACGAAAGUGAGAAAGCAGAUUAAACGAGUUAUUAUUCCGGAUGUGGAAGAAAAUCUAUCCUCCAAAGCUUGGAUGAAGAAGUAUGGCUUGGCCAAACUGCGUCUGGACCUGUACAAACUGGUGAGUGGACCUGACUGCAGUCAUGACAAGGAGAGACUGCCCCCCUCUCUCGGCAUGGGACUGGGGGGCAAGGCAGUGGAGGCCAUCUACUGUCGCAUAUUCCCAUCCAUACAGAUCGGAGGAGCUGUGAAGCAUCUGCAGUUGACCUUGAAUGAACUGCGGGACUACCAGGGGGAGUUGGAGAAGGCACUCAAGAGAUACCUCAAGAGGAUUGUGUGGCUCCUACAAGGAUCCAGACGUGUUUUUGGGUCCAUAGUUGAAAAGCGAGUGGUCAUACUCAUAGACUGCAGUGGAUCUAUGGCCCUGCAGCUGGACACUGUCAAGCAACACCUGGUGUCUCUCAUUUGGGACCAGCUGCAGAAGAACAACAUUAGAUUCAAUUUGAUCGCAUUUUCCGACUACGUUCAAUGCUGGAAACCAACCAGCAACCCAAACAAUCUGAACGACCAGCUGGAACUGGAAUCAGUUUCAAACGCAUCCAUAUUUUCAAACAACAGAACAAACAACAGAGUAAACAACAACAGUCAGGGCUCCCCAGAGAACAGUUAUGGGUGUGUUGAGCCUACGGACCAGAAUUGUAAUGAUGCUGUGAUUUGGAUUUCGAAACUGAAACCAGCUAGGAAUACAUGCACCUUGGAAGCACUCAAAGAAGCGUACAAAGAUCCCGAAGUCGAAGGUCUCUACCUUCUGACAGACGGAAAACCAGACUCAAGCUGUUCUCUUGUUCUGAAAGAAGUUUCAAAAUGGCGUUUCGAACGCGAAAACAACGCUUCAAACAUGGAACUGAAAGCCUCGAAAAGAGCAAAAAUUGCGCCUGCCAUUCACACAAUUUCGUUCAACUGCAGCGAUAAUGUAGCCAAUACGUUCUUGUCGCAGUUGGCGCAAGAUAACCGAGGAAGGUUUCACGCGUUUCAAACCUCAGAUUUGACGGCGCAGAAGUUUGUUCACUCCCUGACGAAAGAGGAAACGGAGAAAUCGGACUAUGCUCUCAAAUUUAGGGCAAGAAUAGCGAACGGGAAGAUUCUGGUUCCCAAGUUCGACUCUGACGACUUGAACAGAGUGGCGAGUGAAGUGUCGAUGGCCAUUCAGUUCUUGCUACAGUCACAGGCAUUCACAGACCUCUACUCACACACCCCCAAACCACACGAGACAUUCUCAGUCUCCAAAAUCAAACAGAUGACCCUUGAAGAAGAAGCGAUGAGCCAAACUUCUACUUACAGAUGAAAGCCAACCAACUGCAGAAAACAAACAAACACACAGACGAUUAAGCAGAAAAUCACUAUCUCAGAAUUAAGUGAAUCUACCAAAGACGACAGAAUAUUCAUGGAGUUUUACAAAUAAAUCGAACACAUAUCAGCUUUUGUUUGAAUUCUAUCUUUCGAGUUGAAUUUGUAUUCUAUAAUUUUAAUCCACAAUUAAUAAAGUUGC